AUGAGCAUGAGCGAGCUGAUGAAGUUUAUCGUCAAAGAAUUGAACAAGGAACCAUUCAACAAGUCCUACAAUCUGAUUUCAUUUGAUUCACUAGAACCUUUACAUUUGUUGCAAGUUCUCAAUGAUGUCCUGGCUGUUAUUGAUCCCAAGCAAAAGAUGGACAUCCGUGAAGAGUCACCAGACCAGACAGCGGUGAGGAUCUUCCAGCUUCUGCGAGUCCUGAAGUAUAAACCACCGGAUAACAUGAAUAUGAGUGAAUUCCGCGCCGGCAUUGUGCAGGGGGAGAAGCCAGUUAUCUUUCCUAUCUUAGAAUGGCUGCUGCUGAAGGUGCCAGAACUGCAGAAGAGAGCUUAUUUGGCCAAGUUUCUGGUCAAGAUUGAUGUCCCACCAGAGAUUAUGCAAGAAGAAGAGGUCAAUGGUAUCUAUCUGCAGUAUGAGGAACUAAUGGAUCAGUUUAAGGAGCUGCACAAGCAGUCAGAGCAGUUGAAAAACUCAGGAUUUAACACAGGAGAGAUAAGGAAGGACAUCACAAAUAUGGAGGAAGAAAAAGAGCAGCUCAUUAAAAGAAUUGAAAGAUUAAGGAGAAAGGUCGAGUCGCACCCAAAUUCUCAAAAGAUGAUGAUGGUUGCAAAGAACCUGAGAGUGGAAAGAGACAGAGAAAAGAAGCUUGCAGCUCAGAAACAAGAUCAGUUGACAGCUAUAGCCCAUUUGGAUCAGAGAAUCAAGAGAUUGGAGGUCCAGCUCCGAGACAUGAGACAAACAAGCAUUGGAGCUACAGCGGAAUCCAUGAUUCAUAAGUUGGAGGAAGAAACACGAACCAAUGGCUACAUUGUGAAGGAGCAGCUUCCUAGAGACAUUGGAAACAAGAAGAAGUUGAUUCAGAACCUGCAGAAAGUUGUCUCGGUUCCUGCGAUGGGACAUUCAGAUCUGGAAGAACUUAAUGCUCAGAUUAAUCUGCUGAACGCAGAGAUAAACCAGCUGAUUGAGAAGCGGAUGAGGAGCGGGGAACCUACGGAUGACAAGCUCUCAUUGUUCAGGCAACAAGCAGGCAUAAUUUCCCACAAGAAGGAGGCUGCGGCAGAGACUUUAAGGGCUGCAAGAGAUGAGUACAACCAUAUUCUACAUGAGCUAGAGCAGAAAAGAGAAGUAGUUAAUGCAGCAGAGGGCACAGAAGUUCUCAAAGGAGAAGAUUUCAAGCGUUACGUGAACAAGCUGCGCAGUAAGAGCACAAUUUACAAGAAAAAGCGUUCUGAGCUGGCAGAACUACGGGCAGAGGUUGGUGUGUUGACCCGAACGGAGGAAGUCCUGAAGCAGAGAAAUGAUCAUAUUGAUCGACAGUUGUCGGUGCUGGAGCGGAAGAAAGGAGUGGCUGGCUACAGAGAAACUCAAGAAGAACUGGAGAAAGUGUCAAGCAUGAAAAGCGAGCUGGACGAGAUGAAGGGGCGGACCCUUGAUGACAUGGCCGAGAUGGUGCGGCGCCUGCAUGCAGAGGUCGCUGACAGACGUAACAACCUGACGCCAAUACUUCGGGAAAUUAGACCUCUUCGUGAAAAGCUGCAGGAACUAAAUCCGGAAUACGAGAGCAAGAAACAAGCUUAUGAGAGGCAGCAGGCUGGCUUCGACAGUAACAUGAGUAAACUGGAGCAAGAGGUGAAAGGUUACCGAGAGGAGUGCAAGGCGGAAGAGUCUCGUUACCAUUACCUGAAUUGUAUGAUGAAGGUGCUGCAAGUGCAACAGUCGAGAGUAGCAUCUGAAAUGAAAGCUUAUGUCUCCUCUGACGCAUUAGAGAAGAAGAAAACAUUCAGGGAGGUGUACAGCAGAAAAAUCCAAGAACAGGAAAGUUUAAGUCGAGGUCUACGUGAGAAGCAGAAGACAGUCAAGGAAAAUCAUGAGCCUAACAUGAAGCAGAUGAAGAUGUGGAAGGAUCUAGAAAGACUGUUAGAGUGCAAGAAGCACUGCAUGAAUCAGAUGUCGAACGUCGGGACAACAGAGGGAGCCACAGCGAUGAUGGGUGGAUACGGAGAUCCUGCCCCUACACACCUGGAAGAAGACAGACUAGUACUGUAA